CAUGUACAUAUAGGAUCUUCCUACAAAAAGCAGCUUUUCUAGUCCAACAAACAAUAAGUCCAAAGUGAAUUCUUCAUUUCUGGAGAAAUUAAUUAACUGUAAUGAACCCCCUGAGCGGAGUUGGGAUAAAAUGCGCUGCUUGGCGUAAUGAUCAUGAAGCUGAUAGCAAUGUCCCGUGACAGCCAUAAAUUUUACGAUAUGCAUAUAAAUACACAGCUCCAUGGCACAUAUUUUUCUACAAAACUGCUUUACUUUCUGUCUGGGUUUCAUUCUGGUCAUUUCAUUCGUUCUGAGACAUUCUGAAGCCAGUGAGUCAGAGACAGUUUGGCAAACGUUGCACAAGAUGAUUAGAAAAAAAGCAUUGCAACGGAUCCCCUCGGCAAGUGAGGGGAACGAAGGUUGUAAAAUGCUGUUAAGGGACUCGCCUCUACUACAGCAAAUGUUUACAAAUUUAGUCCCCUACAUUAAAAUUCAGAUAAAGGUUUGCAGCAGAUUUUCUUGCAUUCCAUUCACUUGGGACGAAGAACAGAGACGAAUUGGCAUUUCAAAGUCAAGGUGGAAGUUGCGAUUUUGCAAAUUUCAAGUGAUCAUUCACUGGAUUUACACUCUCGCGAUGCUGGCAUAUUUUGUCACUCCGGGUUCCAUGAAGUUGAAUAAAAUGUCCAACAAACUGCUGGGAUUUGUAUUUUUGUCCUGUCUGAUUGUGACCAUGUUCAUGCAAAGCGUAUUUUGGCAAAAACGGACUGAAGCUAUCGCAUUGUGGAAAGCCUUUAGCGACAUUGAAGAGUACUACAUUGAUCCCAGUGCUGUGAAAAAAUCUAAAAGGGAUCCAAUGUCGCUCGUAAUGAUAUUGCUCGGAAUUUGUACAAGUUUUGGCCUCCCUGGAUUUAUGUGUACGAUGCUGCUUGUAGAUCCAUGCAAACCUCCGCAUUUGGGGUACAUUCUAUACAAAGUGAGCUUGGAGACUUGUAUGCAGCCCAAGUAUCACAUAAGGAUUCUGCUUCUCAUGUUUGACACUUGGAUUUGGGCAAUUGCAAUCUCAUCAGCCUGUUAUUAUGUCUUUCACUGCAUGUUCCUAGGGUUGCGAUGUCUCGAUCUCUACAUGCGAUUGCUUAUCACGGGAACAAGAAAUCCAUUACAACGCAUAUUCAGAACUCAGGAUUCAAAAGAUCAAGUCGUUUUCCGACUUUAUAGAGAAUUCCAAAUCGUUGUCAAAUUUUAUAACAAAGUAUUUCAAACCGUGUUCAUCCCCACCUUGGUAGCAACGGCAAUAUUUGUAAUAAUCAUUUGCUUGUACACCUGCAUAAAGUUGCACAAAGUAAUCCCCAUGCCUGGAUUUGCAUUUUUUCCUCUCCUCUCCACGGAUGGAUUUAGUGUCAUUUUCAUUUCGAGAAUAGCUUCAAUCGUCUACAUUAAGUCCAGGUUCUUUGUGACAAUGGUUCAAAAUUCCAGCAAGAAUUCAAGACGAACAUGGUUCAGGAAGAAUGCAGCUUCGCUUGACAAACUGAAAAUUCGAUUCGGAUCUGGAAAUUUCAUUGACGAAAUGACUCCGCUAGUUUUUUUGGACUUUAGCUUCUCACAAACUGUAUCUCUAAUGCUUCUUACGUAGAGUAUACAUGUCGUGAUGUUAUGCAUUUGGUUUUUUCUUAUUAAAACCACAUGUGUCCAUAUUUUAAUUAAUGCUUGUAAUUAAAUGUGUAGCAA